CCGAGCUCCAGCGCUUUCCCCAGGGCCUGCCGUCCCGCAAGCUCAAGCUGCUGACGCGGCAGCUUCUGCACGCGGCGGCCUACCAGCACGACAGCAAGAUUGUUCACCGGGAUAUCAAGCCUGCCAACAUCCUCUUGAGCAGCAAGGGCGACCUGAAGCUGUGUGACUUUGGUUUCGCGCGGUUCACACAAUGUGGCCUGAAAGACACGAAGCCGUACACCCCGUACGUCGUCACACGGUGGUAUCGAGCGCCAGGUGAGACGUGCAUCAGUUCGUCCCAUCAGACAUAUCAGAGACAUGCUCAAGC